UUUUUUUUAAGCCUCUUUUUUUUUCUUUCUCUCUCUCUCUCUCUUUUUUUUUUUUUUUUCUUUAUAAUUACUUUAUAAAGCAAAUGGGACACCAUCACGAUCAUGCUACAGAGCAUUCACCUUUGAUUUCCCACCAUGGACAUAACCACGGUAGUUCCGCUAUUAUCAACAAUUGUUCCAACCAAAAAGAAGAUUCCUCGGCCAAGUCCACCAAAAAAAGACUUGCCAUUGCUUCUACUAUUGCCCUUGCCUUUUUCGCAACAGAAUUAGUUGCAGGUUAUUUUGCCAACUCUCUUGCUUUGAUGUCUGAUGCUUUUCAUUUAUUAUCGGACGUUGCUAGUUUCAUUGUAGCACUUGCAGCCAUUUAUUUAGCAGAGAAACCACCUACCAAGAAGCACACUUUUGGAUUUCAUAGAGCAGAAGUGAUUGCUGCACUUGUAUCAGUUUUGACUAUUUGGGUAUUGACAGGAUUUUUGGUUAUGGAGGCUAUUGAGAGAAUCAGAAAGCCUCAAGUGAUUGAUGCCAAACUUAUGUGUAUCACGGCUACCAUUGGUGUAUUGGUCAAUGUAGUACUUGCUGUUGUGUUGGGUGGUAACCAUCACCAUGGCCAUAGUCAUGGAGACGAUGAAUCACAUAGUCAUGAUCAUAAGGAAUCCAAUAUUAAUCUCAGAGCAGCUGCACUCCACGUCUUGGGCGAUUUACUCGCAUCCGUUGGCGUUCUUAUUUCAUCUAUUGUAUUAAUUUUCAAGCCCGAUUACACACUUGUCGAUCCUUUGUGCACAUUUGUGUUCUCCAUCAUUGUACUUUACACAACCUACCAUUUAGUGAAAGAUUCAAUUGCAGUUUUGAUGGAGGGAGCACCUGGCCAUAUCCAACCGGAGGCGAUUGAGAAAUCUCUCUUACAGAUUCCUGGUGUGGUUGCAGUCCAUGACUUACAUAUCUGGGCUCUUUCACCAGGUAAAAGUUCAUUGACAGCUCAUAUUACGGUCUCACAGAACAAGAACCUUAGCUAUGAUGAUAUCUUGGCAAAGGGACAACAAAUUAUCUGUGACAUUUAUGGUGUUCAUCACUCCACCUUACAAAUAGAGUCCGAUAAAGCCGAUUUCACAAGUCAUUGUAGACCUGACAUGUGUACUCCUAGAGAUUAAAUAUGUGUUAUAUACCUUCUUUUUUUUAUUAAAAUAUCUGUGUUACCUCCACCUUUUGAAAGAACCAAUCAAAUCAUUUGUCAUGUGAGAAAUAUUUAAAUCUACUCCGAUUUAGUAAAAAAAGAUUUUCACAGAUAUAAAUAGGAAAAAGAAAUU